GGAACGAUGACCACAUCUUCUGCAGUUAAACUGAAAAUGACAACAUCUUCUUCUUCUUCUUCCUCUGCAAUUAUGAUUAUGAACAUCUAUUGAUGAAAACGAGUUUCGCAUAUAUAUUACAAUCUUUUCUUGAUACAUAAAAGCUUCUGCAGGAUUUUGAUUGAAGAAGCUCUUCUCUUUACUCAUAUAUAAGUCAUGGAUGAAGAAGCAGCGAUCGAUCGUUUGCCGUUAGACCUUCUGGCUUAUAUAUUCUCGUUUGUUACUUCUUUCACCGUUUUGGCGCAGGCAAGUGGGGUUUGCAAGAAAUGGAGGAAAGCUGUGAAUCAAUCGAUGGCGAGAAGAGAAUCUCUGAGCUUUGCUGGUUGGAGAAUGGACGACGAUUCUACUUCUCGUCUCGUUCACCUUGCUUACAACCUCAAAGAACUCGACAUAUCUAGAAGCAGAUGGGGUUGUCAUAUUACUGAUAAUGGACUUCACCAGAUAGCUUCUGCAAGAUGUGUAGCCAAUCUAAACUCUGUCUCUUUAUGGGGCAUGACUGCCAUUACUGAUUCCGGUGUUGUUCAACUGAUAUCAAGAACUUCUUCAUUGCAACACCUAAACAUAGGAGGAACUUUUAUAACCGAUGAGUCUCUUUUCGCCAUUGCAGAACGCUGCCAUCAUCUUAAGACAAUCGGGAUGUGGUGUUGCCGCCAUGUGACAGAGAGAGGCCUUCUGGUUCUUGUAAACAAAUGCAGAAAACUUGAAUCCAUCAACUUAUGGGGAACUAGAGUUCCUGUGGAUUGCUUCAUUGCUUUACUUACUAUCAGUCCUGCACUUCAGAUCAAACCCAUUCAACUGCUCCUCAAUGCUCAGAAUCCUCCACCAUUGCUGCAUGCUGUCUAGUGUUGUUGUUCUACAUUUUACUUGCUUGUUGUGUACAUAGUAAUUCAUGAAAUUGAAUCCACAUAUAUAUUCUGUUCUCCCAUCAAUAACAUAUAUAAAAAUUAUUCAGUAAA